UGUUUGGCGACUCAGUGGAGGAUGACCAUGUGUUGUGUGGAUACGUGUUACUCCCUCACACACGCAUCUCUCUCCCUCACACUCACCUCACCAGUCAUUACCAGGCAGUAGUGAGGGAGAGUGUGUGUGGGGUGUGAUGAAGUGCUGGUGACAAGAGCAGAGCAGCGAGGAAAGAUGGUGAUCAGUGUUUUUGUGGUGGUGGUGCUUAUGCUGACCGGGUCCGGACAUGCAGACGAGCAGCGGCUGUGUUACAAGUGCCGAGCCAAGGAGAGGUGUCUGGGGCUAGACAAGUCCUCCUUGGAGAAGUGUAACCCAGAUGUUAAGUUCUGCGUGAAGAAACAGACGUUCAGCAGAGUCACGGGAGCAGUAGUGACGGAGCGAUACUGUGGAGGCAGAGAUUUCUUGGAUUUUAGCAAGGAUCUGGUAGACAACAAGUGCUAUAUGGAUAUUCACCAGCAGGAUGGGCGCCGUACCUCUGCUACAAUAUGCUACUGCUCUUACAACUACUGUAAUAAGGCAACUCCACAGUCCAGCUAUCUUUAUCCAUUAGGAGGCAACCGGGAAAUCCUUCUCAGGGUCGCCAAAAUCGACAAUAGUUUGGACAUGAGUCAAUCGAUUUCUUGCAUAGCUGCUCUUAAGGACUGGAGUCUCGUGGAUCUUGUUCAGAGCUUGAAUUUCAACACCACUGCCUCUAACAUUUGUUAGUCCGAGAGAACUUGCAAGAAAAUAUAGGCUGUUAUCAACCGGGAGAUUAUUUGGGCUGCUUGCAUUACCAUGACUUGGAAAUGGUCCUGUCUGAUGUCUUCAUGGAGAAGUAUGGGCCGUUGAGCAACCCCAGUGUAUAUCUUGUUCAUGCAGUUGAAAGAGAAGUGGGAAAUCACUGAUGGAUCCCGGUAGAAGCCAGUAACUGACAAUGAGAAUCUCAUGGAAGAGUUUUCUGGUUCUUUGAUAGGAUUCAGAGAAAGAGUACUGAAGGACCUGAAGGCUCACUCCCGAGAAGGUAAUCUUCUGUACUCUUCUUGCGAGGGUUUCUGUGUUGUUUGGUGUUUGGAUGCAGGCCCCCUCUCCUAGAUUGUGGUUUUGUGUCUAUGGUCAGAGAGGUUGGCUUUUCUUCAUGCCCUCCUUGAAUACUGCCUAAGUGUCGAGCCGUGGUGAUGGCCUUAGCUAAUUCUUGGUGCGUGAUUUUGUUCAUUCUUCAAGGAUAAAGGUACUUACGGAUUUGUCAAGGAGCAAAGGUGGUGUUGUCUUUGCUGUGAUCACUGGAGAGAACUCGCUUUGUACACAAUUACCAACACAGUCUUCUGUGUUCACUUCAGAAAUCUAUGCAACCCUUUCUACUAUUGUCUUAAUAACUCUCUUAAGUGGAUCUAUUUUCACUGUGUACACAGAUUUUUAUUGUGAUCUGUUUGCCCCAGCCCAGUAUGCUUCUGCCCACCCUGUGGUCCAGCCGGGUCACUAUCUUGAAAAGACCCGGGCCGGGACAAGACCGGCGACCCUACAACAACAACAACUGUGGUCCAAAAAAUGAUCCAGGAGUAGUUAGCUCGUCUCCAUGCAUGACGCAAAUAUGGAGUUCUCUUGGUUCCUGGAUCAUGAUAGUGUCCCGGGAAAUAAAUGGGCAGAUGCUAAGGCAAAAGCAGCUGUAAUAAGAUUACUCUAUAGCAGAGUCUUGUUAUACAGUGACUUUAUGGACCAUAUACACAUAUAUCCUUCUGAAGUGGCAGACUCUGUGGGUCCAAAACAAAAAAAAAACGUUAUACAGGAUUCAAGAGGGCAACUGUGUUUGUUCCUCCUCGUUUAACACGAAUCGUCACUCUGAGACAAAUCUCUGUCGCUUGAGGAUUGGGCACAUACAUCUUACUCACAACUACGUUGUAGCAGGUGCUCCUGUCCCUCUGUGCACCUUGAAUGCAGUUGACUGUGGAACACAUUUUAACAGUGUUCCCAUGGCUUAAGUUUUGAAACAUUCAUCGUGGCUUUUAUAAUUAUCGGGGUGUCUGUGGGAUUGCAGAACUUUUUAGGGGUCAUUUGACGUUCAAGAUUCAUGAGUUUUAGCUGAAGUUGGCUGCUCCAGGUUGGUAUGAAAGUAUUUAUUUCUGUUGUGACUUAUAUUUAUGUUACUAAUUUUACUCAAGGACAGCCACUUUCAUGUUCAAUUAAUAAAAACGCACAAACCAGGUAAUCCAGUUAGACCAAUUAUUAGCUCCAUAGGUUCAGUUUCAUAUAAAUUAUCUAAAUGACUUGUCGACAUUUUGAGCCCUAGUGUUGGAAAUAUUUCUAACUUAAUGUUAAAAACAACAUAGAUUUAAUUGAUAAAUUAAGCACCUUGCCUGAUUUAAAUUAUUUCAAUACGGUUAGUUUUGAUGCUACUACCUUGUUUACAAAAGUUCCAGUUGAUGAUUUAUUAAGUUUCUUAUCUGAAGAACUUAUUAAUCACGAUUUACCAUUGUCAGUUCCUACUAUCAUUAACGUUAUUAAACUUUGCAUUGUUGAUGCAAAAUUUGUAUUUAAUGAUAAGUUUUAUACUCAAGUUCGGUAUGGCAAUGGGAAAUCCUCUCUCACCUGUUUUUAGUAACUUAUACAUGGAAUUUUUUGAAACAAGACUGCUUAAUACAAUCCUCUUUAAUAGAGCUAAAUGGUUUAGAUAUGUUGAUAAUAUUUCGUGUCUUAUGCCUAAGAAUGUAGAUAAAAACCAUUUCCUUGUUAAAUUAAAUAGCUUAGCCCAUUCCAUAAACUUUACUGUUGAGUUCGAAGCAAAUAACUCAUUGCCUUUUCUAGAUGUUUUAAUUAUUAAGGAUAACAAUGACUUUAAAUUUAAAAUUUACAAAAAACCUACAAAUAACUGUUCCUAUGUACACUUAUUCUUCACAUCAAGAUAGACUUAAACUGUCGGUUUUCUCAUCAAUGUUUUUGAGAGCUUUACAUGUUUGUAGUCCAGAAUUCAUAGAUGAAGAAAUAUCCAAAAUUUAUGAAAUAGCUAGUGAUCUGAAAUACCCAAGAAACGUAAUUCAUAAAUCUUUUAAAAUCGCUAGAAAUACUUUUUACAAUCCAAAAAGGGACAACCAGCCUUAUUCAACUAAAAAUAUGUUGGUUCUCCCUUACCAUGAAAACUUGGUUGAUAUGCCUUUUCUUCUUUAAGACUUUUAAUAUAAAAGUUGUAUUUAAAAAUCUUGAUACAGUAAAAAAACUUUUGAUAAAGAAUUCCCCCCAAAAUGCUGACGGAUGUGUUUAUAAGAAUCCUUGUGAAAUUUGCGGUAAAGUUUAUUUUGGUCAAACUGGUAAAAGUCUCGAACUAACAUUAAAACAACAUAAAUAUAGCAUUAGAACUGGACAAGAUUCUAAUGCUCUGUUUAUUCAUUUUAACCAUCCAACUGUUUUUCAAAAUGCUGAGAAAGUAUAUCAAGCAAAUCCAUUGUCGACAGGACCAUGUUUCAUAAAAAGCAGUUUUGAAAAUAAUAUGAAUAUUUCCUUUGGUUUAUAUAGAUUGAAUUCAUGUAUAAUUAAUAAAAUCUGGGAAGAAUUUAAUGACACAUUAAACAAGUAAUAAAUCUUAAUUCUUGGGUAGAAUAUUAGGUGGGUUUCACAGAGUCUGUUGUCGUCAGGCGUGUGUGAGAUGUUGCUUUGUUGUGGGAUGUGAUGGUGAGGUGUAGUCUUGACCCUUUAUAUGCCUUUCUUUGAUGUUUUGUUUUCAUAGUUCCUUGAUAAUGUGAGAAGUCAUGAAAGCACUUGGAAUUUCACUAUUCUUUCACAAUAGUUGUUUUGCAUAUGCUGAUAUCACCUGUUUACGGUGAUCUUAUUGCAUAUAUAUAUAUAUAUAUAUAUAUAUAUAUAUAUAUAGGUAGUAGGUUGGUAGACAGCAACCGCCCAGGGAGGUACUACCGUCCUGCCAAGUGAGUGUAAAACGAAAGCCUGUAAUUGUUUUACAUGAUGGUAGGAUUGCUGGUGUCUUUUGUCUGUCUCAUAAAUAUGCAAGAUUACAGGUAAGUCUUGCUACUUCUACUUACACUUAGGUCACACUAAACAUACAUGUACAAGCAUAUAUAUACACACCCCUCUGGGUUUUCUUCUAUUUUCUUUCUAAUUCUUGUUCUUGUUUAUUUCCUCUUAUCUCCAUGGGGAAGUGGAACAGAAUUCUUCCUCUGUAAGCCAUGCGUGUCGUAAGAGGCGACUAAAAUGCCGGGAGCAAGGGGCUAGUAACCCCUUCUCCUGUAUAUAUUACUAAAUUUAAAAGGAGAAACUUCAGUUUUUUCUUUUGGGCCACCCCGCCUCGGUGGGAUACGGCUGGUACGUUGAAAGAAGAAUAUAUAUAUAUAUAU